AUACGUUGUAUAUGUUCGCCCUGGCCGCCGCCGCUUCCGCCGCCGCCCCGCUUGAGUCCGUCGACGGCGCGGCCUUCUUCGAGCCCUUCAGCAGCGACUGGGAGUCGCGGUGGCUCGUCUCCAAGGACGCCGACUUCCAGGGCACGUGGAUCCACGAGGCGUACACGGAGCCCGAGGGCACGCCCGGAGACAAGGGCCUGAUGGUGGGCAACGAGGCGAAGAAGCACGCGGUGUCGCACCUGUUCAAGGAGCCGAUCGACCCCAAGGGCACGGGCCUGGUCGUGCAGUACGAGCUGCACAUGAAGAAGGACCUCAAGUGCGGCGGCGCGUACCUCAAGCUGCUCACCGCGUCCGAGGAGCUCGACCACGACGGCUUCAAGGCGGAGACGCCGUACACGAUCAUGUUCGGGCCGGACAAGUGCGGCGGCACCAACAAGGUGCACUUCAUCCUCCGCCACAAGAGCCCGGCGACCGGCGAGUGGGAGGAGAAGCACCUCAAGAAGGCGCCCACGCCGCUGCUCGCCGUCGGGGAGACGCACCUGUACACGGCGAUCGUGGGCGCCGACAACACGGUGACGCUGCUGAUCGACAACGAGGAGAAGGUCAAGGCCUCGCUCCUCGAGUCGGACGACUUCACGCCGCCCGUCAACCCGCCCAAGGAGAUUGACGACCCCGACGACAAGAAGCCCGACGACUGGGUGGACACGGCCAAGAUCGACGACCCGGAGGCGAGCAAGCCGGACGACUGGGACGAGGACGCGCCGAUGAUGAUUGAGGACCCAAAGGCGGGCGGCGCCGCGGAGAAGCCCGAGAGCUGGCUCGACGACGCGCCGCUGCAGGUCCCCGACCCGGAGGCGGAGCCUCCCGACGACUGGGACGAGGAGGAGGACGGGGAGUGGGAGGCGCCGAUCGCGCCGCAGAUCCGGAACCCCGACUACAAGGGCAAGUGGACCGCGCCAAAGGUGGACAACCCAGAGUACAAGGGCGUGUGGAAGCCCAAGCAGAUUGCAAACCCGGGCUACUUCAGCGACGAGCAGCCGCACGCGAUGGCGCCGAUCGGCGGCAUCGGCAUCGAGCUGUGGACGAUGCAGGACGGCGCGCUGUUCGACAACAUACUCAUCUCGACGGACCCCGCGCCGGCCAAGAUUGCGGCGGAGGCCUUCGCGGCGCGCUCCGAGGCGGAGAAGGCGGCCAAGAAGGCGAAGCAGGAGGCCGCCGAGGCGGAGAGGAAGGCCAAGGAGGAGGAGAGGAAGGCCAAGGAGGCCAAGGAGGAGGAGGAGGCCAAGGAGAAGGCCAAGGCCGAGGCCGAGGAGGCCAAGGAGAACCCGGAGAAGGACGAGAUCUGACCGCCUUGUGGCCGCAGGCCGCGGACGCGGCGGCAGCCUCCCGCGAGCGUGGUCUCUGCGGGCGCGGCAGAGGCCAGAGCGCAUCCGACCCCUUAGCUUUAGGCAGCGUGUGUGUGUGUACGUGUGUACGUGUGCAGCGGUGGGAGGGGCUGCGCAUGGCUCCGCGGUGCGCGGCGCUGGCGAGAGCAGGUGUCCCGGCAACCCGAGCAGCCCCGCCGCAAGAGAGCGAUGUCUCGUUUCGAUGUAUUAGCACCGACUUCCCGAAUGAUCACGGUUGAUCAGAGGGCAGAUUUGGAGAGAUCUCGAGGAGUACACACAGAUAGACCCUCCAA